GGCAAAAGCCAAACGGAAAAUUGCUCAUUUGCCAUCUGCCAUUUUGCCCCCUUUCAUAAUUUUAAAAACACCCAAACUUCACACCACCACAACAUUACCCAGAAAUUCUCUCAAAAAAUUGCUACUCUUUCAACUUCAUCUUCAACCAACGUGCUGCUAUUCAGUCAACUCUUCCCCAACUCAAUCCAAAUUUGCAAUCAUUCCUAGCGCUGAAAGGACUAAAGAUUGCAAAUUGGUGUAUGGCAAAUGCAUACAAUCAAAGAGGAGGAAGAGUUGCAGUAACUAAUUCAGACGAGGUUGUCGGAUGUGUUCCACUUCCUUAUUUCCUUGUUCGUACGGAUUUUCUCCUUUCUAUCUCUUUGCUUCAGUUCAUGGCUAAUGAAGGUCUGGUGCCAUCUCCUGACGAGACACUCAAAAGAAGAUCCAUCGUUCUGAGGCUGGAGAAGAUUGUACAGGAUUGGAUCACAAAAGUUGCUUGGCAGAGGAAGCGUCCUGAAAAUGGGAUUAGCAAUGCAUCAGCUGGAGUAAUAAUUUAUGGAUCUUAUGGCCUCGGGGUUCAUAAUUCUGAAUCAGACAUCGACGCUCUAUGUUUCGGCCCUUUCUUUGCUACUAUGGAAGAGGAUUUCUUUAUUGGUUUACACAAUGUUCUUAAAAGCACAUCCGGAGUGUCUAAAAUCCAUUGUGUCAAGGAUGCUAAGGUGCCUUUAAUGAGGUUUAUAUUUGAAGGGAUAGCUGUUGAUAUGCCAUAUGCUCGACUUCCUGAAAAUGUGGAUAUGCUGAGCCCAAUGUUACCAACCAGUAUUGAUGAAACUACUUUGAAAAUCUUAUCUGGUGUACGUGUUAACAAACGCAUCCUUCAACUUGUUCCACACCUGGAGAAUUUUCAGUCAUUGCUGCGGUGCGUCAAGUUUUGGGCCAAACAACGUGGUGUUUAUGGUCAUCUGUUUGGAUUCCUCGGAGGGAUACAUUUGGCUAUAUUAUCAGCUUUCAUUUGCCAGACGAGUCCAGAUUUUUGCUUAAGUGCCCUUGUGCUUAAGUUCUUUAAUACAUUUGCCAACUGGCCCUGGCCUAUACCUGUUGUUUUGCAAGGUAAUACCAUUCAAGUUGUGCGAGAUGUGAUCGAGAAAGGUUGGAUGCCUAUUAGAAUGCCUUGUAGCCCUUCCGAAUGCUGCCAGUCUAACGUCACGCGGAGCACAUUCACCCGAAUCAUGAAUGAAUUUCUCCGAGGGCAUAAACUCACCAUGGGGAUCCUGCAGCCUGACUUUGAGUGGGUGAAUCUAUUUGAACCUUACAGUAACAUGUAUCGGCAGUUAUAUUCCCGAUUUCUGAAAAUUGACCUUUUAGCUUGUGCGAAAGAUAAUUUGGGAGAUUGGAUUGGACGGGUGAAAUCACGUUUUCCCUCUCUCAUUUUGAAGUUGGAGGAGAUGAACGUUCUGUGUGACCCAAACCCCACAGAAUAUGUUGAUCAACAUUCUGGAAAUGUAGAUUCAAAGAAAAGUGUAGUAUUUUACUGGGGGCUUGGUACUGAUCGACCUAUGGAUAUAAAUGUAACUUCACUUGAGAAGGAUUUCAGGAGCAAUCUGAGCAGCGGCUACCGAGGAAUGCCUGGGAAGAUGAAACUGAGUAUCGUGCCUGCUUCAGAGCUGCCCAACAUUGUACAGUUGCCCAAAACUAAGAGAAUGGAAGCUUGCUGGAGAGUUCCUGAGCAUGAUCAGUAUAGAAUGCCCAACUCUUUCACUGGUUAAGUGGCCAGUGAAGGUGAAGUUCAUGCUCACUUACUGAUAUAGGUUCUGAAUGAAAUUUAGAGAAGCAAAAACAAAAUAGAUACAUUAUUUUUUGGUAAUCAUAAGCAUUCUCAUCUGUGUAAUGUGUAUGGUGGUUAAACAAUAGACAUACGUACAUAAACAGAAACAGGGUAUGAAUUCGCUCUGGGAUGUAUAGAUUUACGUACAGAUAGGUAUAACGUACACACAUAUAGUACAUUGAACA